AUGGCAACAGCUAGCACAGCCUACCAGACCCCGCUACAGAUCAACUUUGUGAACGCCGCUGCUCUGCAUACGAUUAUACGGAAAGCCAACGAUGGGUUAGACCUGUGCCGAGUGACACUUCCCGACAUUGAAAAGACUCUAAAGAAGUUAGAGCACAAGGAACCAGCUCCAGAUCUUCAUUCCCUAGUCCCCGAAUGCUACCAUGACCUUAUUGACGACGGAAAACAGCCUACAGUACACCCGCUACGACGAUACAGCGCGGAUGAGUUACGAUUGAUACAAGCCUGGCUCAAGGCGAAUCUCAAUAAACACUUUAUUCGACCAAGCAACUCUGCCGCUGCAGCCCCGAUACUGCUCGCGAGAAAACCAGGUGGCGGAGUCCGCAUCUGCGUUGAUUAUCGGGGACUGAAUGAGAUCACAAGGAAGAACCGUUAUCCGAUUCCUCUGAUCCAGGAAACCCUGCAAUUAUUGACACGAGCCCGUUACUUCACAAAACUCGAUAUUAUUGCGGCCUUCAAUAAGCUACGAAUCGCAGCAGGGGAUGAGUGGAAAACGGCAUUCCGUACACGAUUCAGACUCUUCGAAUCCCUAGUGAUGAAUUUUGGCCUCACCAACGCACCGGCAUCCUGGCAAAACUACAUUAACGACAUUCUUAAGGAGUAUUUGGACGACUUCGUAUGCGCCUACAUGGACGAUAUCUUGAUAUUCAGCAACAGCCUUGAAGAACACAAGAAACACGUGCGACAAGUCUUGGAGAGACUUAAAGCUAAUAGCCUUCAAUGCGACAUCAACAAAUGCGAAUUCCAUACACAGAAAACCACGUUCUUAGGCCUUAUUAUCUCUACUGAAGGAAUCUCUAUGGAUCCGUCGAAAGUUGCUACGAUCCUAGAAUGGCAGACACCACGCUCAGUUAAAGACGUACAAGGAUUUCUAGGCUUUGCAAAUUUCUACCGACGCUUUAUUCAUGGCUACUCUCGCAUUGUUAAGAGAUUGACGGAUCUUACGAAGAAAGGAUUAAAGUUUCUAUGGACGGGGGACUGUCAGCAAGCUUUUGACGCGCUAAAAACUACAUUUACAACCACUCCGAUUUUGAAGAUAUUUGAAUGGGAUAAACGCUGUAUUGUGGAAGUGGAUGCUUCGGAUUACGUCACCGGGGGGGGGGGGGUUCUCUCCCAAUACGACGAGAAUGGAGACCUCCGGCCUGUGGCAUUCUUUUCGAAGAUGCAUGCUCCUGCCGAAUGCAAUUACGAGAUCUACGAUAAGGAGCUGAUGGCUAUUGUCAGAGCCUUCGAAGAAUGGCGACCGGAAUUACAAGGAAACCCACACCCGAUUGAAGUUAUUACAGAUCACAAGAAUUUAGAAUACUUUACUCAGAAGAAGCUGUUGAACAGACGGCAAGCCCGUUGGGCUGAAUUCCUAUCUCAAUUCAACUACAAAUUGAUUUAUCGAUCUGGAAAACUUGGAGGAAAACCAGACGCCUUGACACGACGAAGCCAGGAUUGGCCACACGAACCAGAUGACGCUCGAACAAUCCAUCGUGAACAAACUGUAUUGCAACCCCAGCACCUGGAAUGGUUAUCGUUGAACGCUAUUAGAGAGGAGUCCCCGGAUGGAGCUAUUUUUACGGGCUCGGGACCUUUAUUUUUGGGAUUAGAAGAAGAAGGCGGGGAGGAGAAUAACUCAGAAGACUCAGCUAAUCAGGACGCAGGAAUCGACCCGGACCAUGGAGAGAUAGAUGAUCCGCAAGAAAUUACAGACGACUAA